AUGUCUGUUGGACCAGGGGAGAGUGAGGCUCCCAAACCAGAAAUCAUAUCCUCUGACACCAAGAUUAAGACUGUUGGCGGGCCAGUGGCCGCCGAGAUAACCAAAGAUGAAGGAUACUACAGCAAGCUCUCAGUUUGGUUGAUGGUUCUGUUCUCUGGUCUCGCCAUUGGAUCAGACGGCUACAAUGCCGCCGUAAUAGGCAAUGUCGAACUUCUUCUCGGCGUCAUCUACCCAGAUGAUCUCACCAACUCCAUCUACUCGCGCCUCAGCAAUGCCUUCCUCAUCGGUAUGAUCAUCGGCAUGCUCUUCUUUGGCGUCAUCGUCGACCAACUGGGCCGCAAGACGGGCGCCGUGGCCACAACCAUCCUCCUUGUCCUUGGAAUCGCCAUGUCCGCUGCUGCCAACGGCUCCUCUCCCAAAGGUCUGUUCUGGAUGCUCAUCGUUGCUCGAGGCGUUGCCGGCGUUGGGGCCGGAGGCGAGUAUCCCGUGUCCGGCGCCGGCGCCGUCGAAGCUACCGACGAGAGCGGCCAGUACCGCAAGCACCGCGGCUUCAUGUUUGCCAUGCUGGCUGAUCUUUCUUCUGACCUUGGGUAUGUUUGGGGCGGGCUGGUGCCUCUCCUUUUGCUGCUCUGCGUUGGCCAGAGAGAGGACAAGUACUACAUUGUCUGGCGAACGUCGUUUGCCCUGGGUGCGAUCCCUCCACUUGGCAUCUUUUGGUUCCGUAUGCGCAUGGCUGUUGCUACAGCUUACCGGAAGUCUGCCAUGAGAAAGCAGAGGGUGCCGUACUGGCUGGCCCUGAAGCGAUACUACCGGCCUCUGAUAGGGGCCGCAGCCAGUUGGUUCUUGUACAAUUGGAUUUCUAUUCCCUUCGGAAUCUUUAGCUCAACCAUCAUCAGUCGUGCCAACGUUGGGCAGAGUCUUGUAAAGUCUCUGGGAUGGGGUGUCCUUAUCAACUGUUUCUACAUCCCGGGCCCCUUUUUGGGGGGCUAUCUGUCCGACAGGAUCGGGAGACGGCAGACAAUGGCCCUCGGGUUUGCCCUGCAGGCGAUACUUGGGUUUAUCCUGGGCGGUGCAAUUGGCCCUAUCCAGACAGUCUUCCCACUGUUUGUCGUGCUCUAUGGCAUUUUCUUGACGCUCGGCGAGGUGGGACCUGGAAGCACCGUCGUCCUGACUGCCUCGGAAUGCUUCCCCACGUCCAUCCGGGGCCAGAUGAUGGGCUUCAUCAGCGCCUGGUCAAAAGCCGGUGCUGCGAUUGGGACACAAGUAUUCACGGCUAUCCUCAACAAGUACGCCAGCAAUCCAGACAAGGGGAACCAAGUGGCUUUCCUCAUUGGAUCCGCGUUUGCCGUGCUAGGCGCCCUCGUGGCCUUUUUCGUCAUCCCUGACGUGUCGCGCCGGCUGGACGACGAUGACGCGGCUUGGAAGGUGUAUUUGGCAGACCAUGGAUGGGAGGCGACGUGGGGAGACGGAGAGACUAAGGAUCCUAAAUAA